AUGAUGGAAACGAAGACCUUUGGGGUCACACCACAUUAUCUAGCUGUUCCACAGAGAAUUUCUGAAUUACCCAAAUCUAUCGACAAUCUUACAGCAAGUAUGGUUAAAGAGAAUACGGAUGACUAUUCUCCGUUACUAAUGGCUGUAAUGAAUGGUCACCUUGGUGAAGUACAAAGCCUAGUCAGUCAAGGGGCGAACGUGAAUCAGGGUACCGCUGAAGGCUGGACACCGUUAAUGAUUGCAGCAAAGACCGGCAGAGUGGAGAUGUUGACAUUUCUCAUCGAUCAAGGGGCUGAGAUUAAAAAGUCUGUUACAAGACUGACUGCUUUACACUUUGCUGCUUUCCUUGGUCAUCUUGAUGCUAUCAAAUAUCUGAUCAGUCAAGGGGCUGAUGUGGAGGAAGGAAAUGAAAAUGGUUGGACUGCAUUUCACAUUGCUGCCCUGAAUGGUCAUCUUGAUGUCACCACAUAUCUGAUCAUUCAAGGGGCUGAGAUAAACGAAGGAAAUAAUGAUGGUGGGACCGCAUUACACUAUGCUGCUUUCAGUGGUCAUCUUGAUGUCACCAAAUAUCUGAUGAGUCAAGGGGCUGAGAUAAACAGAGGAAACAAUAAUGGUUGCAAUGCAUUACACUUUGCUGCUCAGAAUGGCCAUCUUGAUGUCACCACAUAUUUGAUCAGUCAAGGGGCCGAGAUAAACGGAGGAAAUAAUAAUGGUGGGACUGCAUUACACAAUGCUGCUUUUAAUGGUCAUCUUGAUGUUAUCAAAUAUCUGUUCAGUCAAGGGGGUGAUGUGAAGAAAGGAGACAAUGACGGCAUGACUGCAUUACACAUUGCUGUUCUGAAUGGUCAUCUUGAUGUCACCACAUAUCUGAUCAGUCAAGGGGCUGAGGUGGAGAAAGGACUUAACAAUGGUCGGACUGCAUUACACUUGUCUGCUCAGAAUGGCCAUCUUGAUGUAACUAAAUAUCUGAUCAGUCAAGGGGCUGAGGUGAAGAAAGGAGAUAAUGAAGGUCUGACUGCAUUACACAUUGCUGUUCUGAAUGGUCAUCUUGAUGUCACCACAUAUCUGAUCAGUCAAGGGGCUGAGGUGAAGAAAGGACUUAACAAUGGUCGGACUGCAUUACACUUGUCUGCUCAGAAUGGCCAUCCUGAUGUAACUAAAUAUCUGAUCAGUCAAGGGGCUGAGGUGAAUAAAGGAGAAAACAAUGGUUGCACCGCAUUACACUUUGCUGCUCAGAAUGGCCAUUUUGAUGUCACCACAUAUUUGAUCAGUCAAGGGGCCGAGAUAAACGGAGGAAAUGACAAUGGUUGCACCGCAUUACACUUUGCUGCUCAGAAUGGCCAUCUUGAUGUCACCACAUAUUUGAUCAGUCAAGGGGUCGAGAUAAACGGAGGAAAUAAUAAUGGUGGGACUGCAUUACACAAUGCUGCUUUUAAUGGUCAUCUUGAUGUUAUCAAAUAUCUGUUCAGUCAAGGGGGUGAUGUGAAGAAAGGAGAUAAUAAAGGUUUUACUGCAUUACACAUUGCUGUUGAGAAUGGUCAUCUUGAUGUCACUACAUAUCUGAUCAGUCAAGGGGCUGAGGUGAAUAAAGGAGAUAGUGAAGGUCUGACUGCAUUACACAUUGCUGCUCUGAAUAGUCAUCUUGAUGUAACCAGAUAUCUUAUCAGUCAAGGGGCUGAGGUGAAUAAAGGAACCAACAAUGGUUCCACCGGAUUACACUUUGCUGCACAGAAUGGCCAUCUUGAUGUCACCACAUAUCUGAUCAGUCAAGGGGCCGAGAUAAACGGAGGAAAUAAUAAUGGUGGGACUGCAUUACACCAUGUUGCUUUCAGUGGUGAUCUUGAUGUAACCAAAUAUCUCAUCAGUCAAGGAGCUGAGGUGAAUAAAAUCGGAGACCGUGGUUGGACUGCAUUACACAUUGCUGCUUUGAGAGGCCACCUUGAUGUAUCCAAACAUCUUGUCAGUCAAGGGGCUGCGGUGAACAUGAGAGAUGAAAGUCGUUGGGAACCUUCAGACCUCGCUCUUUUAGGGAAUAAUUUUGAUGUUGUUAGAUUUCUUAAACCUGAAUAUGCGAGUAUUGAAAAUCUCCGUCAUCAGAAAAAUGAACUUGUGUUACUUUUCGCGCUGGGAAAACUUCACAAUACCGAGGUAAAUGUUUGGCUUAUAGAAUCAUUGUGGUGUUUAAUCUGGUUACAUCAGGGCAGAGAAUGA